GCCUGUAGGUGGGUGUGUUUAACAGAACGAAGCCAUGGGAACCAGCCUGUCAGCCAGCCUUUCAAGCUAAUUAGCUCAGCAUACAACAAAGAUAAGUGAGCCUGAGAGGAGGGCCCUGAGGGUCUUUAGAUUCUGGGAAAUGUCUGAUUGGCAGAUGUUAAAAGGGAUUCUUUAGUAAUCCACUGCAUCAAUGAGCUGCACAAAUUCAGUCCAGAGCUGCAAGAAUUCAGGCAUGAGGAGACUGUGCAGGAGGCUUGCACAGGCAGACCCGAGAUGGACAGAACCUUGGAAUCUCUGAGGCACAUCAUUGCCCAAGCCUUGCCUCACAGAGACCCGGCUUUGGUCUUCAAAGACUUGAAUGUGGUGUCAAUGUUACAGGAAUUUUGGGAAAGCAAGCAGCAGCAGAAAGCCACAUUCUCCAGUGAGGGGCUGGUGGUCUAUGAGUCAAUGCCUUCCUCUGGGCCUCCGUUUGUGAGCUAUGUGACUCUCCCUGGAGGGAGCUGCUUUGGCAACUUUCAGUGCUGCUUAAGUAGAGCUGAGGCCAGGCGGGAUGCUGCUAAAGUGGCGCUCAUCAACUCUCUCUUCAAUGAGCUGCCCUCCCGAAGGAUCACCAAGGAGUUCAUCAUGGAGAGUGUUCAGGAAGCAGUAGCCUCCACCAGGGGCACUUUAGAUGAUGCGGAUGACCCAAGCACAAGUGUGGGAGCCUAUCACUACAUGCUGGAGUCAAACAUGGGGAAGACUAUGCUGGAGUUUCAGGAACUAAUGACCAUUUUCCAACUACUGCACUGGAAUGGAAGCCUGAAAGCCCUCCGUGAAACAAAGUGCUCUCGACAGGAAGUCAUCUCCUACUAUUCCCAAUAUUCUUUAGAUGAAAAGAUGCGUAGCCACAUGGCCCUGGACUGGAUUAUGAAGGAGCGUGAAUCACCAGGAAUUCUCUCUCAAGAGCUGCGUGCAGCCCUAGGGCAGCUGGAGGAAGCCAGGAAGGCUGGACAAGAACUACGAUUUUACAAAGAAAAAAAAGAAAUCCUGAGCUUGGCCCUGACUCAGAUCUAUAGUGACCCUGACCCUUCCUCACCCAGUGAUGACCAGCUAAGCCUCACGGCUCUGUGUGGCUAUCAUUAGCAAGUCCAGGUGGCAGGUUUCCUGAGGACUUUCACAUCAGGAAUCUACCUGACAGAAGUUGUUAGAGAUUUUAGCAUGAUAGUCACUACCUGAAGGCUGUACUGCUCCUACACAGUCUGUUCACAGAAUGGGAGGCUAGGGUUGACUGGUCCCGAUCCCAACUUCCUACUUCAUGUAUGUUUUCAACCAUUUCCUUAGGGGAUCUACUUCAGAAUAAAAGAAAGACAACAAAAUUACUUUAGAAAGUAUUCUUCAGGGUUUGAUCUAAUCUAAAAAACCUAGUUGAUAUGUGCCUUGCUAAAUUUUAUGCAUUGCUUCACAUAAUAGUCCAGAAGAGCAGUCUUGGAGAAAACAGCAGCCAGGACUAGGGAAAGUAUCAUGAUAACUUCUUCUUCUUUUUUUUUUUUUUUGGACACAGUUUCUCUGUGUAGCCCUGGCUGUCCUGGAAUUUGUCUUUAGAUCAGGCUGUCCUUGAACUCAGAGAUCUGCUUCUGAGUACUAGGAUUAACUACAUGUGCCACAACCACCUGGCUAAUAACAAUGUUUUAAAUACUUAAGAUUAAAUACAGAUAAUAAUAAGUACAGAUGAUUUUUUUAAAAAAGAAAUGUACAACAGUCAGCAUGUUUUGAACCCUCCUGAAAAUUACUGUAUUCUCAUUAUAUAUUUUGAAAUUAGCUUUAAUAACAAACAUUAUCACAUAUAUUUCUCAGACGGGAUGAAAUUAAGUACAUAACUGCCCUAUUCCAAUGUCCUAAAAAGGUGAUGCUGUGUAAUGUUAGAUGAUUUCAUUUUAAAAUGAUAUUUUUUAAAAAAUAAUAUCAAUUCCCAUAAUGAGGCUAAAUGUUCUAAGGAAAAAAACUCUAGAGUUUUGUAAUCUUGAGAAGGAGUUAGGAUUUUUUUUGUGUGUGUGUAAUAAAUUUUUAAGUGAAGAAAUUUCUAUUUCUUUUUUUUUUUCACAAAAUUUCUAUCAUUUCAAAUUCAGCACAUUUCCCCAUGUUGGCUGGGAUCUUUACAUGCAGUGCAUCUUUACUGUGUUUGGCAAUGUCCACCUCAGAAGACUGAUAUCUGAUUAGAUACAAGAACAGUGCUUGGGUGGGUCAAGCUUCUCCUCUCUUUUAUAAUUAUGACACUGUACAAAUUCUCUGAACUGAAAAUUAUGUAGACUAUUUUUCCUUGGAAUAUUCUCAGAAACUUCAGCAAAAGCAACAAAGGUUAUGGCCAUGGCUGGCCCUAUCUAAUAGUAAAUCAACUUCAGCCAGGGCAUUGUGCCGACAGAGUAUCACACAUGUCUGUAACACUGGCACAGAGGAACAUAAGAGAGGGACAAGACAAACACUCAUGCUUGUUCUUAAUACUGCACUGUAGAAAGGGACAAGAAUAAAGGAGUCUUUAAGAAGAUGGAGCCAUGAAGGUGGUGGUAGUUGUUGCUAUGAACUCCCUGAAAAUUGAAUAAAAAGCUACAGACUAUCUCAUAGCAAUAUAUAAUAAUUUCAUAAAACAUAUGGUCCUGCCCCAAAAUUUAUGGAUUAGCCCAGAGCAUCAUUGACCCUUAGUUUGAAGCUCACAAUUUAAAAGCAUACAUAGUUUUACACUUCACAUCAGAGAUCUAGUAACCCAUAGAACAUAUAUUUUUUUCUUUUUUUNUUUUCGAGACAGGGUUUCUCUGUGUAGCCCUGGCUGUCCUGGAACUCACUCUGUAGACCAGGCUGGCCUCGAAAUCAGAAAUCCACCUGCCUCUGCCUCCCAAGUCCUGGGAUUAAAGGUGAGUGCCACCACUGCCUGGCCAUAGACCAUAUUUUUAAGAUUACUACCAUUACUCUGAAAUCAAGAAUUGUAUUGUUUGGGCCAUGAUGGUUUAAUUUUUAUAAAACUCAAAAUGCACCUUGUUGUUAUGGAGAAAGAAAUUAAGACAAACUAGAUACUAAACUUUGGCAACUGUACCAGAAUAUUACAGAUUUAAUAAAAUCAUUGUUCCUUCAAUAUUCUGAA